AUGGCGGAAACAGCAGCAGCAGCAGGUGUUACUCUCACCGUCCGCGACAUGCUCUUCUUUUACUGCGACGCUCGCAGCGUGUACGAGCGGUUCAUCGGCAUGGGCAGCCACCCGGAGCAGGCACGGAACGCCGUGGCCCUCUUGCUGUGGCUGGACCAGGUUUUCCACCAGGCCAUGCCCAUCCGCCACCUGCCGACCUUGGACGCCACGGCCGUCGGCAUGGUGGCCAGCGAGGCCAACCGCAUCCUGGACUGCCUCCGCGGCAUGCAGCAGCAGAGCCACGUCGUGCUCCCGCCCAUCCCCUUCAUCUCCGCGCUCUGCCAGUGUCACGACGGCGGCAUGGGCAUCGACACUGCCUUCUUAGCCUUCAACCAGGACCUCGUCGUGCGCGGCGUCGCAGACAUCCUCGACGGCGUCGGCGCCCUUAUCUUCGACGACCGCCUCUACCGCCUGCUGCGCCGCUACCAGACGGGGCUCAUCGGUCGCCUGUCGGAGCUCGAGGCGCCUUACACCUGCAGCCCCGUCACCGUGUCGGAGGACAGCCGCUCCAUGUUCGUCACCUUCUCAAAGGGGCAGCCCGCCGUCGACCGUCAAGAGAUAUUCGACUACUUCAGACACAAGUGGGGCGACUGCAUCGUCCGUGUUCUGAUGGAGAAGACGACGACCAGGGGCACGCCGCCGAUGUACGGCAGGAUAAUCUUCAAGAGCGAGGCAUUCGUCAGCCUGGUGCUCAACGGCGAGCACACCGUCAAGAUCACCAUUGGCUACCGCCAGAUCUGGCUCCGCAAGUACAUCCCGCGCCCGCACACCAUCAACAACCUGCAGUGACGAUAUGCAUAUGACAAAUUGAUGGAUCGAUCAUCGAUGAACCAUCACCGCAAAUGUUUUAAGUAGGGUCUAUUAGCUAGCUACUAGCAGUAGUCAUUCCUCUUGCAUUCCUUUCCAUAAACUCUAUAUAUGUAAUAUGUAUGCACAGCUUCAACUCUAUGCGGUUGUCAAAAAAAAUCCACCCUAUGUAAUGUAAUGUGCAUGCAAUUUUCAUUUUGUUUGUUAAAAGGAGAUCGAACACCAUGAAUCAAGAUUAUGCGAGGUUCGCAAUGGGCGCAGUAA